GUUCCAUAUAUUAAAUAGUAGCGGAUGUAAACAAUUGCCAGUCAGUGUCAAAAAUCUCCUCGGAGAGGAUCCGUGUCCCAGGUGUCUGUCGAAACCGAAAACCUCCCUAGUGAGCUUCGGGAAUCAUGAAGCCCCGAUGGAAUCUUGUGGUCACCCUCGGCAUAUUGCUACAAAUCGUCACUUUAGCUAGUGCUAAAGCCAUCAUCGACCAGAAAGCCGAGGAAACACACAACAGCAAUGUGCAAGACCAAACGGUUGGCGCCCAGAAGCGAAUCGGUUACGACUACCCGGCGCCGGCCGUGCCCAUCACCUUCGAUGAGCACCAGCAUCACCACGAAGAAGUUCCUCUGAUAGAUAACCUCCAAGUGCAACCCCUGGUCGACCCACACAUACAGCCGGUGGAACAGGUCAUAGAGGACCACCACCACCACGAACAUCACGAGGAGCACCACCCGGAUCCGGGAUUCUGGAAGAAGAAACUCAUCUGGAAAGAGGGUUGGAAGAAAAUCUGGAAACCGGGCAAAAAGUUGAUCUGGAAACCGGACUGGAAGAAGAUCUGGAAGCCCAUCUGGGUGCCAACGCAGAUCCCGGUGUGGAAGGACAUACAGGUCCCAGCCUGGAAACAAAUCUGGAAACCAGUUUGGAAGGAAAUUCAGGUUCCCGCGUGGAAAGAAAUCCAAGUGCCGGAUUGGAAGAAGAUCUGGAAGCCAAUCUGGGUCCCGAUCAAGGUGCCCGCCUGGAAGGACAUCCAGGUGCCAGCGUGGAAGCAAAUCUGGAAACCGGUCUGGAAAGAGAUUCAGGUCCCCGACUGGAAGGAAGUGCAGGUACCCGCGUGGAAACAGGUUUGGUACCCGGCGUGGGUCAAGGUAGGCAUUCCGGGCGAGAAGUUUUUGGGUAAGGAUCACGACGGCUGGGAAUACACCAGCCACGACCUGUGGAAGAAAAAGCUGGUCUGGAAGUCCGCGUGGAAGAAGAUCUGGAAAACUGAGCAGAAACAAAUCUGGCGAACGGACAAGAAGUUGGAAUGGAAGGCUGCCUGGAAGCAGAUUUGGAAACCAGGCAAGAAGCAAAUCUGGGUAGAAGAUAAGAAGCUGGCGUGGAAGGAAGCCUGGAAGCAAGUGUGGCGAACUGAGAAAAAACAGGUGUGGGUUCCAGAGAAGAAGCUCGAAUGGAAGGCCGCCUGGGUCCAGAUUUGGAAGCCAAGCAAGAAACUGAUCUGGGUCCCGGACAAGAAACUGGAAUGGAAGGAAGCCUGGAAGCAGAUUUGGGUUCCGGCCUGGAAGGAAAUCUGGGUCCCAGCUUGGAAGCAAAUCUGGAAACCGGUGUGGAUUUCCGAGUGGUUCCCUUCGCCGGAUCCCCAUGAACACCACCACGAAAUCGAGCACGGCUGGGACCGCAAGGAUGUGGCCAGCAACAAAGUAGUUUUCAAGCGAAGUGAUUCUGCUUCCGCUCAACCAAAGGCCGUCGAGGCAGCCCCAGAAGCGGCGGCAAACAUCACACCAGCGGUCGUGAAAACCGAUACCACCGAGAAUAAGUCGGACUUCCGGUUUCCAUGAGCUCGAUUCUCAACAACCCCUAGAGAUCUUAAGGCUACCCUAGCGCUAGUACCCUUACGUACACACAAACACAAAGUCAUCUAGUUGUUAACUAGAGUUACCCCAGUAUUUAAAUUUAAUUUUAGCUGAAAACGUGUACAUAAACUGCAAAAGAGAGAGAGAGAAAAGGAGGAAACUAGACCUAAGUGAAUUCUAAGCUUUCGGUUUUAGCGACAAUACUCGUUUUCAUUGUUUCCCAGUGAUAAUUGUGAUUCCACGCUAAUCGAAUUGCCGCCGAUCGGGAGAGAAUGAUCGGCGGUUCCAUGAUCGCCAUCCAUUCAUCCUUUAUCUCGCCUGUAAGAAUGUUGUCUUUUCGUUAUGCUCACGUGAGAUAGGAACUAAGUGUAAGAGAUUAAAUGUUGAAUAGUUGUCCCUUUUGAA